AUGUCACUCACCCCAACCGCCGAAGAAAAUUCUCCUUCACUUCCGUUCGAUGUACUCUGCAGCGUUGCUGCCGCCCUGGCAUCGGAGCCGGCUUGGGAAUCCAAAUUUACGACUCUUUCAGCUUUGUCGAGGUGCUGUAGCUCUCUCCGCGCAGUUUGCCAGCAACAUAUUUUCCAUACGAUAAAUCUGUGCCCUCGGAUUUGCGAUUCUAGCCGAAGACCUUCUAGGCCAGAUAACGACUAUCAUGUUCCUAGCAUCCUUUUUCGUGAACUAGAGCGCAUACUGGAACACAAUCUGGGCAUUGCCAGGUAUAUACGGGCUCUGCACUACAAUUCUCAUCCCUCCAACUUCACCGGAAAUCGCGUAUCACGUCUCCUAGAUAAGUUGGGUGAACUGGAAUCCCUUCGCGUGACCUUUUUCGUGGAUAUAUCGGAAUUUGGCGAGGUAGAAGACUACGGUACGGAGGACGAGAACUACGACAUCAAUCCCAUCUCAGUAAAUUGGCAGAGCUUCCCCUCAAAUCUUCAGAACAGCUUGAUAGGUUUAAUCAACCUUCAAUCAUUUAGGCGGCUGGACAUGGAGCACGUCAUUAAUUUCCCCGUGUACUUGUUAAAGUUCUCCCGUCUGCAGAUGUUGCAUCUCGCACAUUGCCGAAUCUUGAUUCCCAGCGCUCUAUCCCAUUCGUCGUCAGAAGAAAGGGCUCCAACACAGCUCAGAUCUCUCUAUCUGGCGCCAGGAGCUCGUGUAAACGCAGAUGUGUUACGAACAGCUUUGGAUUUUUCGUCUAUUCGCGUCCUUGAGUUCGAAUUCGUGUACCAAGGUGAUGAGGAGCAGGUAGGAGAACUUCUUGAUUCGACUCCACAGAUUACUUCCUUAGCUCUCCGGAUAGGGCGUCGAUGUCCUGAUAUCAACGUCGUUUCGUCAGUUCUGGCAGCCCACGACCGGGUGUGUAGGGACCUUUUACAGCAUCUAUGCCUCUCAAGCAAGUUGGAGCCACGGGAACUACCUAAAUCAAACAACUUCCUUCUUUUCAAUAUGCUGAAGGACGUCCCAUCUUGGGACGUACUAGAAACUAUCUCAAUCACUUUGGAGGAGGUGCCCCAGUUCUCAGAUUACUACGUCAAGGAUCUGGAGAAACUAGACAAACACCUCUCCAACAAAUCGAUAUUCCCCGCAUUGCGAAAGGUUUCCAUCUCGAUCGAGCUGGUUAUCAACUAUGCCAUCGAUGAUUUUAACCCUGACGAUGGCCCGUGGUCGAAGUUGCCUGAAAUGCAUUUGCUCAAUCUUGCUCAUAGCUCUAUAGACGUCGACUAUUCUGUCGGAGAUUUUCCUGGAUACUCUGAUUACUAG